AUGAUGACUAUCAUCGCAGUCGCUGGCGGUACAGGUGGCGUGGGAAAGACACUGGUGGAAAGGUUGGGCCAGGAGCCAAACAUUAGCCUUAUUGUCCUGACACGUAAUGAAGCCAGCCUUCGAGAGAAUAUCCAACACAUCCAGAUCGACUACAGCGACGUCCCUUCCAUGACCACGGAGCUGGAGCUCCACAAUGUGCACACUAUCAUAUCUGCGAUUGGGAUUGUCUCUGCUGAAACCAGCCAAUCCCAGCUAAAUCUGAUUGAAGCAGCUGAAAGAUCUAGCUCGACAAAGCGUUUUGUCCCGAGCGAGUUCUCGUUCAUUCAAACACCCGAGCUAUUGUCAGUGGAUCCGAGUAUUCAGUUCUGGCUUGAUGCGGCGGAUCGUUUGAAAUCUAGCUCGCUGAAGUAUACCCGCGUCAUUCCGGGGUUCUUCAUGGAUUAUUGGGGCAUGCCUCAUGCGAAGACAAAUCUUUACCCGUACGCCUUCGGCAUCGAUAUCUCUGGCGGUGUAGCGGUCAUUCCCGGUGAUGGCAAUGAUGUCAUUUGUAUGACAUACACGUACGACCUGGCGAACUAUAUGGUGAAGAUGCUUGAACUGGAGGAAUGGCCUGAGUUCAGUGUGUUUGUGGGGGAUGAAGUGACGUCCAACGAGAUUUUGACUAUGGCAGAGGAAAUCAGGGGUAAAAAGUUUCAGACAACCUACGACAAUGUCGACCAGAUCAAGGCGGGAAGUGUGACCGUCCCACCCAUGCCUAGCACCAUGGGAUCACCGGAGGAGCUGAGGGAAGUUACAGCAUUGGUCAGUCUGCUCAUAGUGACUGGAGUGUUUGAUUUACCCAAAGAGAGCCGUAUGAGUGAUCGAUUCCCCGAAGCGCGACCCGUCAAAUUCAAAGAAUUUCUGGAGAAGUGUUGGGGAGAAAGGCACACAUAA